UUCUUCCUCCCACAGGUCCUCCCCUUCACUCCUCGCACAGACCUCAUCUUUGAAACACCCCUCGGUCUCCACGGACCCUGCGUCGAAAAUGCAAGCACCCGUGCAGCCGACACAGCCCGUGGUGAUCGUGACCCAGCCCAACUACGGGGCGGCACCCCAGAUGUCCAACUGGCAGACGGGCAUGUGCGACUGCUUCAGCGACUGCGGAGUCUGUCUCUGCGGCCUGUUCUGUUACGAGUGCCUUGCCUGCCAGGUGGCAGGUGACAUGAAUGAAUGCUGCCUGUGCGGGACCAGUGUCGCCAUGAGGACCCUCUACCGGACCCGCUACGGCAUCCCCGGAUCCAUUUGUGACGACUUUCUGGUGACCCUUUGCUGUCCUCUUUGUUCUCUUUGCCAAAUUAAGAGAGACAUCAAUAGAAGGAGAGCCAUGCACGCUUUUUAAAAAACUCACGGUGAAGAGUUCUUCACGAAGUGACUAAAAUCAGAAGACCUCCUCAGCUUGACUACUUCUCCACCUUUCGCAAUUGAAAUCUGAUCGAUAUGUCUAACCAUAAUAAUGAUGCUAUUAUGAAUUUUUCCUUUGGGUCACAGCCAGCUGUGCUCAGGGGUUACUUCUGGCUCUGCACUCAGGGACCACUACUGGAGGUGCUUGGAGGAACCAUAUAGGAUCCGAAAGAUCAAACCAGACUCAGCCCAUACAAGACAAAUGCCCUCCCCACUAUACUGUCACUCUGGCCCUGGAUUUUUUAGUUUUUUAAAUUUCCCUUAGUUUUACUAAACCGUCCAGCUUAGUUUCUCCUUCCUUUCCUAUUCUUACAUGUCUGUCUUAUGAAUUUUGUAUUUCAUCUAAAUUUAGACCUAAUAAAAGAUGCUACUAAUUUUAACCUUUAUUUCUUUGCUCUCAAUAACAUAUCUAAAGUCAUUGGUUAAUUUUACAAGUCAGUUCCACAAUUUUGUCUAGUACUUUGCUUUCUUUACAAGAGAUUUUUGUCCACGCAACACCCGUCUCUUUCAUCUAAGAACUUUGUGAGUGGAUUGGGGUAGAGGGUGGGAAAGCUAUAGAGAGCU